CUGACAGUUUUGUGUUUUUUACAUCCGUAAAUAGUGAUGGGCGUCGUCGAUAAUAAAAAAUUGCCUCUUACCGGAAUUACUCGGAUUCUUUUCAGCCCAUACCAUCAACUCGUCAUCUGUUCAUUGUUCUUCAAACUAAUAUGACACAUGUCAAAUUUUGGCAGUAGCAAAAAUUUAAACGUUUUGUCUUUGGCUUGUACAGCUUAAAAUCACUUAUUUGAGCCUUAUUGAGAAUCUGAGGCCUAUUUUACUGUGAUGCACCUACCUGUCAUUUUGACAGUGAGAGAUUGGAAACAUUAGACAGUUGAAGUUGAUGGAAACAUCAAACCGUUUAAAACUCAAUCUGAUCGGGAAAAGCGAACGUUUUAAUUACGACUAGUUUCCAGCCUGGACCCUAAAGCGGCGACCUAAAUUAAUAAUCAUAAGAAAAUGAAGGCAAGGAUAUAGGCGACUUGAUAUUUUUCAACCGCAUCUAAUUAAUAUGGAAAUGAGGCAACUAUCAUUGAGGGUGGGUUUUUUUGGUAUAAAAAGCCCGGACAUUGUCAAGUUGUCCACACAGUGCCCCAAGCAGCUCUUCCAACGUCCACUCGAAGACACUGAGACACGUUUCACGAACCUUAUCAUAAAUUCGUACAAGGGCCGCUCAACUAUGAAUCCUAGCACUGGAAUCAUCUUAGUCUUGUGUAUUGCCCUCACUUUGGCCUCCAGCAUAGAUGCCAUGUCAAUAACAGAACGUUGGAUAUGUACCUCGUGUGUGACGCAACAGGAAUGCGACCAGGAUCCCCCUAGCGUGUGCAUUUGGGGUGAGGCAAGAAACAAUUGCGGUCGAAGAAUCUGCGCCAAAGGACCAGGCGAAAGAUGCGGGGGAUCACUGGACAUCCUCGGUAUUUGUGGGGAGGGGAUGAUGUGUAAGUCGGACGAGAGGUGCCACGGAUGUUCCAUGCAAACUUUGGAAUGUUCCCACAACUAAAUCAGUAUUACCAGUAGUGGCGUAACUGCUUUUGAUCUAAUGCUGUGAUCACCGUUUUCGUUUCUCAUUACCGAUAAACUGCCCCCACCCUCCAAGUGAUACCAAAAACAGACUUCUAGAACAUUUAGUUGUAUAGUUUUAGUUUGUUUGACCAGAUUUGGUUAAAUUUGAUUUCGUGAAGAUAUUUUUUUAUAUCGCGGGUUUUAUUGUGAUUUUAGGUUAGGAUGUUGUUGUAUUUCGUCGGUUUGAAACGUCCCUGUAUAUUUUUAGUUUACACUCAUGCCACUAGAGGGGCAAGCCAACUUAUACACGACGGAUUGUACAAUGGGCGCCAUUUAUCGGCCCAUUUAUGAAACAGCAAAUGCUAACUCAAAAAACCGUUGUGACAAGCUGGUUUGGCCCAUGUUGAACUUAAUUUAUUUAUUUAUGAAUGAUUGUUGAUAGCAAAUUCACAUCAAAUCAUGACACAACCCUCGGCGCAAGCAACUCUUCGCCACUUGUGUUAUCGAUAUUAGAAGCCCUAUUGGACCUUGAUCUGUAACUGAUAAGUACCUGUUAGUGGACUUUCAUUAUUUAUAAAUAAUAUAGAUAAGUACGGGCAUGUUAAUAGUACAAAAUUAGGGGACUUUUUAAGAGAUUCAUCGUUAUUUUAUAGUUAGGCUCUCAAUUGGGCGCAUUACUUGUAGGCAUUUUUCGUUGCGAGUUACGCUACUGAACUCAACAUGAUGUGAUUGUAGAACCACUGCUCGAUUUCAGGAAUAUUGUACAGGGCUGUUUCGUGUAGUAUUUGAUACAGGUUUUAAAUGUAAUCAGCCUUGUGCAAACUCAACGUUAUUUAUUACGGAACGAUAUUUAUUUUCUUCGUCUAUGCCGGUAUACCAUGGAUAGGUGGUAACAUUGCCAUAAAUAUAACAAGCAAAUUUCUA